AUGGGAUUCAAUUUGCACGCCGACAACAGCAAUGACCCGCCAGAAGUGCGCAACUGGCGGGUCCAUCUGAUGGCUCUGAUAGUCAGCAUGGGCUCCAUAGCCAUGGGCUACGAUACCUCAGUCAUCGGCGGAACCAUGGCCUUGGAUUCGUUCAAGAGAGACUUCGGCUUGUCCGAGGUCUCAAGUCACGCGCGUGACACUCUUCAAGGCAACAUCGUCUCCACCUUCCAAGCCGGCACCUUCUUCGGCGCACUCCUGACGUUCCCAAUCGGCGAGCGAUGGGGCCGGAAAAAGGCCAUCAUGCUCGCCAUCUGCAUCUUCCUCGCCGGCGGUUCCCUGAUGACCGCCGCCAGCGGCCGCCUCGGCCUCAUCUACGCGGGCCGCGCCAUCGCCGGCUUCGGCAUCGGCUCCGUCUCGCUCCUCGUCCCCGUCUACAUCGCCGAAAUCUCACCCCCCUCCAUCCGCGGGCGUCUCAUCGGCAUCUUCGAAAUCUGCUCGCAGGGCGGCGGCAUGGCCGGGUUCUGGGUCAACUACAUCUGCGACCGGACGAUCCCGAAGGCGCUGGCGGCGCAGUGGCAGGUGCCGCUGGGCCUGCAGCUCUUGCCGGGCGUGCUGCUGCUGCUCGGCAUCCUGUGGUGCCCGGAGACGCCGCGGUGGCACGCGAAGCAGGAUCGGUGGGACAAGGCGCGCGAGAUUUUGGCGGAUAUUAGGAAUUUGCCGCCGGAUCACCCGUUUAUUCAGGAGGAGCUGCAGGAUGUGCAGGAUCAGAUUGCCAUUUCGAGGUUGCCGCCGGGAGAGCAUCAUACUGUGAAGUACUAUGCACGGCGCAUGUGGCAGAAGGGGACGCGGAAUAGGAUUGGUAUUGGUCUGCUGUUGAUGGCGUUUCAGAACUUGACUGGCGUCAACAUCAUCACCUACUACUCCCCCCGCAUCUUCGAAACCCUCGGCCUUACCGGCACAUCGACCAAGCUCUUCGCCACCGGCUUCUACGGCAUCGCCAAAACGCUCGGCAUGAUCAUCUUCAGCGUCUGGCUAGUCGAGAAGCUGGGCCGGCGGCAAGGCCUGAUCUGGGGCGCCUUCGUCGGCAGCCUUCCCAUGUGGUACCUCGGCGGCUACGUCCUCAAAGCCGACCCCACCGCCGCCGCGGCGCGUGGCGACUCCUCGCGCGACGGGUGGGGCUACCUGGCCAUGGUCUGCGUGUACCUGUACGGCCUGAUCUACUGCGCGACGUGGCAGGGCAUCACGUGGGUCAUCUGCUCGGAGAUCUUCCCCAUCGACAUCCGCAUGCUGUGCGUCGCCAUCACCACCGCCGACCAGUGGCUGUGGUCGUUCAUCAUCAGCCGCACCACGCCGUACAUGAUCACCUCGCUCGGAUAUGGGACGUACAUGUUCUUCGCGACGUUGAUGGUGCUGAUGGGGUUUUGGGCGUGGUUCUGCGUGCCAGAGACGAAGGGGAAGAUGCUGGAGGAGAUGGAUGCGAUUUUUGGGGCGCCGAGUGUGGUGGGGCUGGGGGGCGUGGGGAAGGAGGGGAGUUUGGAGAGGGAGGUGGGCAAGGAUUUGGAGAUGGCGAAGCCGGGGUUUGCGGCGCAUGUGGAGAGGGUGUGA